AUGCCUACCGCAGCUGGAAGUAACACACAGAUGCCGCCACCUCCACCGCCGCCUCCUCGUACGGACAGUCUACCAAGUUCGCCGCAAAUGGACAACACUGGCGUGGGAAUCGGGCCAGGACCGAUCCGUCACCCACGACCUGUUAGCGCAGCUGAGUUGCACCUCGAACUGGAAAAGGAGCAGGAAAACAUGGUCAAUCGCCUAACAAGAGAACUAUCUGCAUUGCGGGCUCAGACGGCUUCGGUCGCGUCCACUACAUCCUCUACCUCAGACCAUUUCUUCAGUAACGACCAGUUCGGCACCGGAGCUACCAUCAUCCCAACUUCUGCCCGCCGACAUCGAUCUUCAUCGAACCUAUCAGCAAGGUCCUCCAGGUCGAUACGAGAGAAUUUAACGAGCGCUGCCUCCACGAGUGUCUCUGGGGUUGCAGCCCCUCGAGAUCAGACCGUGCAAGCGGGGAACAUGGAAACCCUCAGGCCUGAGAUGAGCCGACAGAACUCAACGAGCGCUGGGGUAUAUCGCAGCAGCUCUAUUCAUGCCUCACCCCGUCUAUCACAAGUUGGGUACCACCGCGCCUCUGUAUCGUCCAACACCAAUUAUAGCGAGGCCGCGUCCAAUCCGCGAAGCCCCGGUUUCAGUUCGGCGGGAGCAGCGGCACGUUACGAGGAGGCACAGCUACAUAGGGCUGAAUUGGAGGCCGUCAGAAAGGAAAACGAGACCCUGCGGCAAAGAGUAAGAGACUUGGAGCGCAGCCUGGCCGCAACGACCCCUACCAGAGGUCAUGGUCUUGCUGGAGCUGCAGGCUAA